AUUUCUUUUUCACGUCAACCGCGUUUCUAUUUUUAUACUUUUGUGACAUUAAAUGCCAUUGAGUUCUUACCCAUUCACAGUAGGAACUGAACAUAAUUAGAUUUUUACUUGAACACCGUAGGCUAUUUAAAAAAAAAAAAUUAGAUUCUUUCUCAGUUUUAGUAUUUUUUUUUCAAGGGAUCUUAAGGUUUUUAAAAUCUAUUUGCCGUAUUUGUUUGCGGAUUUAUUUUGCCUAGCGAGUGAAGGACAUAGCUACAAAUCGUAUUUUAGAUUUCCAACUUAUCAAGUGAUCACUGCAUUUGUAAACAAAGAACAGCUGAGUUGUGUUAAGGUAUGUGUAUGUGUACGUUUUUGCGUUGUGGAAACUCAUAUGAACAAAAUAAGCGGAAAAAGUUGCCAACCUAAGCGAAAAAAAUCGACAAAAGUAUUAAAAUUCCACGUCGGCCAUACUUUUAAAAUCACGUAUCUGUCAGUACGCUCCCAGAAAUCUUUGCAGUAAAUCGGAAAACGUAUGUACAUCAGAGAAGACAUGAAUGAUAGCGAAAAAUGGAACUGGGACACCAAGCGAAUUCUGGUCAAGUGCGGAGGAUUCUCCUCGCAAUUGGCCAGGAAUGUCUCCGAAAAAGUGGACGGUGAUCCACUGUGGGGGUCUCGAUUUGAUGCCACCAAUCCGGAGGCUGUGAUCCAAACACAUCUGGAUUUUCUCCGCAACGGAGCGGAUAUUAUUCUAACCAACACGUAUCAGUCCAGCGUCGAGGGUUUCAUGAAGUACCUGGGCGUGACCAGAGAACGAGGUGUGGAGUUGAUCCAAAAGAGUGUCCAACUGGCCAGGCAGGCAAAGGAACAGUACCUAUCAGAAAUCGGUUCUGAAUUGGAGUCGGCUCUUCCCCUGAUCCUGGGCUCAAUAGGCCCAUAUGGCGCAUAUCUCCACGAUGGCUCUGAGUACUCCGGCAACUAUGUGGAAAAUAUAUCCAAGGAGCAGCUAAAGGCGUGGCACAGGACAAGAAUUGAGAUUUGUCUCGCAGCUGGGGUGGAUGGCUUGGCCCUGGAAACACUUCCCUGCCAGCUGGAGGCGGAGGCAGUCACCGAAUUAGUACUGGACAACUUUCCGGAUGCCAAAUUCUGGGUCUCCAUGCAGUGUAGGGAUGAAAAGCACUUGGCUAGUGGAGAAACCUUCGCGGAGGCGGCUCUCUCGGUCUGGCGGUUGGUCCAAAGUCGGAAGGCUGAGAACCGGCUCCUUGGGAUCGGCCUGAACUGUGUAAACCCACUAUUCGUGACUCCUUUGCUAUCAUCGCUUACCAAAGUGGCCGGAUCGGAUCGCAUCCCGCUGGUGGUCUACAGCAAUCGCGGCGAGAUCUACGACACGGAACAGGGAGAGUGGACUGGAACCGGCGAGGAGGUGGUCAAGUUUGUGCCCGAGUGGCUCCAGCUGGGAGUGCGCAUCGUUGGCGGCUGUUGCCGGGUCUAUCCGACAGACGUGUUGGCGAUCCGCACGUACGUCGAUGGCCUCAACAUAAAGCCGUAAUCGGGCGAGAGCUCCGGACACUGAUAGCAGCCUUGUCGCCAAUGCGAAAGCUGUUUCGUGUGACUAGACCUAGACCUAUUUAGUUUGCUAAAUAUGUAUAUGCUAGUAAUAGAUGUACCCAGAUCAGAUGGCUUCCUAAUCAACAGAGAGUGGAAAAAAGCGUGGACGGCUGGCUGGGAGACAAACACAGAUUAAACGGACGGACCAAAGGUAAACAAGUGUACUGGGGAUAUGGGCAGACGUUCACUCAACGAUUGUUUUUGCAAACCUAGCUCAAUUUUUGAGUCCAAAUCAAAACAAUCUCUAUAAAAUUACAACACAUAAACGUGUAUUGCCCUUUAAAAAAAUGGUAUUAGCGUACUAUACUUUAUUUUUACUUUAAUUUUCAAUAAUGUUAAAAAGAUAUAUAGUAACAUAUCCAUUAUUACACCCACAA